AUGUCUUCCAACGAUACCUACCAAGAUCCCCUCAAUUCGCGCUACUCCUCGCAGGAGAUGAAGUACCUCUUCAGCCCGCGCAACCGCUUCAGCACAUGGCGGAGUCUCUGGAUCUGGCUCGCCGAGGCUGAGAAGGAGCUUGGGCUCGACAUCAGCGACGAAGCGAUCACCCAGAUGAAGGAGCACAAAGUCAUCCAGGAUGAGGAGUUCAAGAUUGCGGCGGAGGAAGAAAAGAAGCGGAGACAUGAUGUUAUGGCACACGUGUUUGCGUUUGGAGAGAAGGCACCAGCCGCAAGGGGUAUCAUUCACUGGGGAGCUACCAGCUGCUACUGCACGGACAAUGCGGAUCUCAUCUUCCUCCGGGAUGGACUGGACAUCCUUCUGCCGAAGCUGGCGACGGUUAUUGAGAAGCUGUCAACGUUCGCGAAGGAAUAUAAGAGCUUGCCCUGUUUGGGAUACACGCACUUGCAGCCGGCCCAGUUGACGACUGUGGGCAAGCGAGCGUGUCUGUGGAUCCAGGACCUUCUGAAGGACUUGAAGAACCUGGAGCGUGCGAGGGAUGAUUUGAGGUUCCGCGGUGUGAAGGGAACGACUGGUACACAGGCAUCUUUCCUCCAAAUCUUCGAAGGCGACCACGACAAGGUCGAGAAGCUCGAUGAGCUCGUCACCGAGAAAGCUGGCUUCUCCUCUGCCUACAUCAUCUCCAGCCAAACAUACACCCGUAAAGUCGACGUUGAUGUGCUCAAUGCACUUUCCUCUUUCGGAUCCACUUGCGAGAACAUUGGCCAGGCCAUCCGCCUGCUUGCAUCCUUCAAGGAGCUCGAGGAGCCCUUUGAAUCUACACAAAUUGGUUCCUCCGCUAUGGCCUACAAGCGGAAUCCCAUGCGCAGUGAGCGCUUGUGCUCGCUUGGCCGCAAGCUGAGGAACUUGAACGCGGACGCGAGCGCGACGUAUGCGGCACAGUGGAUGGAGCGGACCUUGGACGACAGUGCAAUCCGGCGAAUGGCCCUCCCGCAAUCUUUCCUCUCGGCCGAUGCCUCCCUCAUCCUCCUUAACAACAUCGCCUCCGGUCUCGUUGUUUACCCUGCCAUGAUCCGCAAGCGCGUCGAUGCCGAGCUUCCCUUCAUGGCCACCGAGAACGUCAUCAUGGCCCUCGUCAAGAAGGGCGUCUCCCGCCAAGAUGCCCACGAGGAGAUCCGCGUGCUGUCCCACGAGGCCGGCGCCGAAGUAAAACAACAUGGCAGAGACAACGAUCUCAUCGAGAGGAUCAAAAGGACAGAGUUCUUCAAGCCUAUUCUGGGCGAGCUCGAAAGCUUGUUGGACCCAAGCACGUUCAUCGGACGGAGUCCUCAGCAGGUCGAGGCGUUCUACGAGCGCGAGGUCAAGGUGGCGUUGAAGAAGUAUGUGGAUGCUGGACAAUUGAAGCUUGGAGAGACCGCAGAGCUGAAUGUCUAA